CCGCUAUGGAUAAAAUUGAAAGAAUCAAAACCUCCCAAUUACAUAAUAUGAAGGAUUGUGCAACGUCAUCGGAUCCUUGGCCCAAAUCGCUUACUGAGUCUUUGGGUUAUAAUUAAUCGUGUAGUCGUGAUUCCUUUUCAUAAGUAAUGAAAGAAUAGUCAAUUUAAGAGUAGUUAAAUAGGGGUUAUGUUAUGAUGAGAGUAUUAAACUCCGACCGACAAAUGUUAUACUAGUUCGUCGCCGUUGAGUUGCACCAACUUCUAUAUUGUGCGUUUGGUUGACUGUUACUGCCCGUUGAAAUGGAACUAUUAUACAUACAAAAUGGCCAAUAAAUUAUUAUCAUUAUUAUAUAUUAAAUAAAUCAAAACCUGAAAAGGCUGGAAUAAACAAAACAGGAUAGGAUAUGAUGAUGAUCCUCUCUUCUCUUCUCUCUUUCCCGCUCUCCCUUUUCUUCUCCCCCAAGUAUUCAAUAUUAUAACAUACGUGGGUGGGGGAUUUCAUUCAUUGCAGUCGACCUGGCAGCAGAGCCAGGUUCAUUGCAUUUGCAUCAUUAAUUCUGGUUUUUGGUUGGAACUAAGAGGCUGGAUUUUAUUUUCAUAUUUAUAAUAAUAAUCAUAAUAAUAAUAAUAUUAGAUUGGAAUCCCUUCCACCCAUUCAACGACAAUUUGGGUCAGUCCAGAUAGUUUUUAAAUAUAUUUUAGAAUGAGAGGUGCCUUUUACCCUUUCUCCACUCCACUCUAUUGACUCUAGUCUGUCUUACUUUUCAAAUGAGAGGUAUCUGUCACGACGUUUCGGGUCGUGACCGUGUUGAUCAUCUGAAAAAUGCUGUUAUUUGGUUGUCUUGCUACAAGAGAGGUAAAGGGGGCGACAUUAGCGAUAAGGCGUUGUCUGCCUAUGCAUCGUUUCAGACCGAGUCAGGAUGUGGCUAUGAAGGGGAUAGUUGCAAGAAAAGACACAACUGGUCGGAGGCUAUUGCCGUCUCCCUGAUGAGCCCAAGGCAGGGCGAAACCAGUUGGCAUGCGUAUGCAGAGAGGCUGGUCUUGAGGAAGGAGUGCACCUCAGACGCCGCACGGACUUCGGAAGUCUAUGUCCGUUGGUAUCAGAGCCUGGUUAGGCUGAAGAGCCUAGUUCCUCUCUCAGUACGACAUAGGUCGAGUAUGGGCCGACCCUAUGCCCGAAUGAGAGGCGGUCCUGGGUGUGCAUAUCAGGCGAUUCGUACGCAUAUACACAUGUGUUGCGUCGUUGUGGGGGACCUCAACAGGCUGAAGAUGCAGAGGCCGAGAAUGUCGUUCAACCGAGGAACUAACGCUAGCGAGAGCAUAGGGUGAAGGUCGAUUGAGGUACAAACGUUGGGAGUAGUGUAGGGUGAAGGUCGGCUGAAGUACUAGCGCAGCAGAAGCGAAGAGUGAAGGUUGAUGUCGAGGGGCGAAGCGAUAUGUGCGCGGGGUACAACAGGCUAGCGCGAGGACGCAACCGGAGCUUGUCCAUCAGAGGAUGAUAUCAUAUGCAGACGCCCACAAUUGGUUCGAAAGUUGCAAUACAUGCUGCGGAGAGAAGCAUUCUUCACCAGCACGAGGACGUGCUGCAUUAUGAGUGGUGGAGAAUGUCACGAUCGGAAAAGUCGUGACCGUGUUGAUCGUUUGAAGAACGCUGCCAUCUGGUUGUCUUGCCAUAAGAGGGGUAAAGGGGGCGACAUUAGCGAUAAGUUGUUGUCUGCCUGUGCAUCGUUUCUGGCCGAGUCAAGAUGUGGCUAUGAAGGGGAUCGUUGCAAGAGAAGGCACAACUGGUCGGAGGAUAUUGUCGUUUACCUGAUGAGCCCAAGGCAGGGAAAAACCAGUUGGCAUGCGUAUGCAGAGAGGCUGGUCUUGAGGAAGGAGUGCACCUCAAGACGCCGCACGGACUUCGGAAGUCUAUGUCCGUGACAAGGCAUGCGUAUGCAGAGAGACUGGUCUUGAGGAUGGAGUGCACCUCAAGACGCCGCACGGAGUUCGGAAGUUUAUGUCCGUGACAAGUGGUAUCAGAGCCUAGUUAGGCUGAAGAGUCUAGUUCCUCUCUUAGUACGGCAUAGGGCAUAGGUCGAGUAUGGGCCGACCCUAUGCCCGAAUGGGAGGCGGUCCUGGGUAUGCAUAUUAGGCGGUCCGGACGCAGAUACAUAUGUGUUGCGCCGUUGUGGGGGACCUCGACUGGCUGAAGAUGCAACGGUCGAGAAUGCCGUUAAACCAAGGAACUAAUGCUAGCGAGAGCUUAGGGUGAAGGUCGAUUGAGGUACAAACGCUGGGAGUAGCGUAGGGUGAAUGUCGGGUGAGGUACUAGCGCAUCAGAAGCGAAGAGUGAAGGUUGAUGUCGAGGGGAAAAGCGGUAUGUGCGCGGGGCACAACAGGCUAGCGUGAGGACGCGAUCGGAGCCUGUCCAUCAGAGGAUGGUAUCGUAUGCGGACUGUUAGAAACAAAGUUUCUAACGUGUUCUGAGUUGGGGAAAUUAACUAGAUCAAUGAGGGAUUGACCUAACUAGGGAUUUGAGAAUUUUUAGAAAUAGGGGAAGGGAAAAGAAGGUUGUUGCCGCAACUUUGGAGAUGGAAGAGAGAGUGAAGGACGAGGGAAAGAAGGAGAGAGAGGAAGAUUAGGUUUAGGUUUAUGCUUCUGUAAUUGCUUGCUUUCUCAAACCCACAUAUUACUGAAUAUAUACUUUCUCUAAUUACCUCCCACUACCUCACUUAUUCGACUUAUCAAAUAACCCCCUACUUAUUCUCCAAAGGGCAAUAUUUGGCUGCUACCCUGGUUGCUGCGCCUUCCUGCAACCCGCUUAGGUGUCUGGCACUUAUUGGUCUUUCUAGUAUUUAUAUAUUUUCUUAGUUGAUGUUGUCCAUUUUAAUUCACGGCAGUUGCUAAUGGUAAUUAACGGACGCCAUUUAUUGAACAUAUGAAUAUUUUUCAUUUGAUUUGAAUGUUUGAAUUAUUGAGAGUUGAAUGGAAUAGUUGAAUCCAAUAUUGAAAAAUCAUAUUGGAGGUUGUAUCAAAAAUGUCAGCGGUAGCGUAUUUAUGCUGAAGUCAUUGUGUAACCGUUGUUAAACCAUUUUAUACCGCUAAAUACCAUCAACCAGUUUCGCUCCGGUAGGAGGUUUUUCGGGUCGAACUGCCAGUACGAUAUAGUUUUUUAACCCUUUGAUUGAAAUGAAUUUUUUUAUUAAGU